UCCGUACAUUUACUCCAAUGCCUUAACUGUAACAGGAGGACGUUAGGUCUCCCUGUAGUUCGCCCUAGCUCAUGCUUUACUUCUCAACACUUUUUUCUGGACUCUUGACAUUUCUGUUUGGUGGUGUGAAAAGUUUCUUAGCUCCAAAGUUUCCAUCAUGAAUCCACCCUGUGGGAGAUGCAAUAAACCAGUUUAUCCAACAGAGAAGAUAAACUGCCUUGAUAAGUAUUGGCACAAAGGUUGUUUCAGCUGUGAGGUUUGCAAGAUGGCCCUGAGCAUGACAAACUACAAAGGCUUUGAGAAGAAACCUUACUGCAGUAUGCAUUACCCUAAAACCUCCUUCACCAUCGUCGCCGACACCCCUGAGAAUCUACGUCUCAAACAACAGAGCAUGCUCAAUAGCCAGGCUCUUUACAAGGAGGAGUUUGAAAAGAACAAGGGGAAAGGUUUCAGUGUGGUAGCCGACACUCCAGAGAUGCAGAGACUGAAGAAGACGCAAGACCAGAUCAGCAAUAUAAAGUACCAUGAAGAUUUUGAGAAGAGCAAGAUUCGAAGUGACGCUCCUCCACCUGAAAAUAGAGAGCAACCGCCAAAUCCUGAAAGAUGCAGUCAGCCUGCUGGACAGAUACGCCCUGCUGCUGUAGCACCACCUGGUGGAGGGAAGUGCUACCAGGCCUUGUACAGCUACACGGCAGCCGAGGCAGAUGAAGUUUCUCUGCAGGAAGGCGAUCUGAUCUUAGACGUGGAGCCUAUAGAUGAGGGAUGGGUGUUCGGAAUCAACCAGCGUACGGGGCAGCGGGGAAUGCUCCCUGCAAACUACGUCCGACCUGUGUGACACAGUAAAAACAGACCUGCCAAACAGACAUUAGGAGGUCCUCCUCCAGCCAUGUGGAGCUACAGUCAUCAAGCUUCUACGUCACUUUUUGAAAAUUAAAAAUGCAAAUUAAAAAAAAAUAAAUAAAUUUCUGACUCUACACUUCCUUUUGUCAAAUGUGAAUUUUAGUCACAACCAACAAUUAACCUGAUUAGGGGUUUGGUAAGGUAGGUAGGAAACUACAAAAAAAUAAAAAUAAAUUUAAAGUUAUUGUUUUAUUACGAUUUUCUUUUUGGUUUUUAAGCAUUUGUUGGGUAACACAAAUAAAAAGUCUUUAAGACUAAAUAAAUAGUUAUAGAUAUAGUUUAUAUGUGAAAUAUUCUUCUCCUGGAGGACUAUAACUGUACUUUCUAUGAUCUUGCUGUAUUUUGGAUUGAGGAAAUAAACAGAAUUUUAAAACAU